ACCGAGCCGGAAGUUUCGCUGUUGUUGUCACACUGGAAGAAAAUGGCUGCUGCUCCGACUUUUUUUCAAUGAAGACACUGAUAUUUCAAUUUCAUUUUGUUUUCAUGCGUUGGAGUCCUCCUCGGCCGCUAUGCAACCUCGAAGAGCUGUGUGACCCGCUGCUGACCCGCCUGGAUGGCUGCUUGUUUUCCUCUGCAGGGUGUGAAUGGUCUCUCUAGGCAGGUAACAGUGUGGGGCAGAAAGGACAGCAUCACUUACUGUCACUCGCCUUACAGCUGGCGGCAGACCACAAUGCAACAAGUUUUGGAGUAUGCAUUGGAUCGAGCCGAGUAUAUCGUUGAAAGUGCUCAACAACGACCAGCCAAAAGAAGAGUUUCAUCUGGUGGGAAAAGAAGUUUGUAUCAAAAGCUCUAUGAGCUCUAUAUUGACGAAUGUGAGAAAGAGCCGGAAUUAAAGAAUCUAAGAAGAAAUGUGAAUCUACUGGAAAAGUUGGUGUCUCAGGAGUCUGUGUCAUGCUUGGUGGUCAACCUGUACCCUGGAAAUGAAGGCUAUUCUUUAAUGCUCAGGGGCAAAAAUGGGUCAGACUCUGAAACCAUUCAUUUACCGUAUGAAGAAAAAGAGCUGCUGGAGUACUUGGAUGCUGAGGAGUUGCCCCCAAUUUUAGUAGAUCUAUUGGAGAAAUCACAGGUGAACAUCUUCCAUUGUGGCUGUGUCAUAGUAGAGGUGAGAGACUACAGGCAAGCUGGUAAUACCAAGAUCCCCACCUAUCGGAGCCGACACAUUCUGCUGCGACCAACCAUGCAGACUCUAAUCUGUGACGUCCAUGCCAUGACCAGUGACCACCACAAGUGGACACAGGAUGACAAACUGCAGCUGGAGAGUCAGUUGAUUUUGGCCACAGCUGAACCUCUGUGCCUCAACCCCUCCAUUUCUGUUACUUGCACUGCCAACCGCCUGCUCUACAACAAACAAAAAAUGAACACCCACUCUAUGAAAAGGUGCUUCAAGAGACACUCGCGAGCUGCACUGAACAGACAGCAAGAGCUGUCCCAUCUGCCCAUGCCCCCACAGCUUCGACUCUACGACUACAUACAGAGGAGAAAGGAGAGGAAACCUGCUCCCGCUAUUGACCUAAAGAUCACAAAAGCUGGAAAUUGUGUAGACAUGUGGAAACAGAACAACUGCCAACUAACCGUACCAAAAGAGAUUGAUGUGGAAAAGUAUGCUGUGGUUGAGAAAUCCCUGCAGCUGGAAGACUCUCAGCCCACUGUGAUCUGGCCGGCCGAGGAAGUUAUAGAUGAUUAUACAUUUGAAUGUGAAGUUGGGGGGCAAGCCCAGAAGACAAAGGUGUCCAUCUUCCAGUCAAUGGGAGACCCAAUGGUUUAUGGGAAGAUUUACUGUGCUAAAGAACCAAAAACAGAGGAUGACGGCACAGACCUAAAGCUUAUACAUCCGCCUUUUCUAAUAGGGUCAAAGAUGGAUGCUGAGAGGUUUCUUAAUCAAUACAAAGGAGUAUAUGAAAGAGAUGUAAAAUGUCAAGUAAAGAUGUCCCGGAACUCAGGCAUUGUGGCACAGGGGCCCCACUCCCCCAGCAAAGACGAGGGUGACGGUGUUUCUUCAUUAGUCCAGACAUCCAUGUUGGGAAAAGGGGUGAAACACAGACCCCCUCCCAUUAAACUGCCUUCCGGAUCAGGCACCAGCUCCUCAGGAAAUCCCUUUGGUUCACAAACCAGUGGUCUACUUAAGUGUCCUACGCCGCCACCUCCAGCCAAAAGCCAGUCUCUAAACAGGAAGCACUCUGUGGAGCUGAGCCAGGUGGGCCUGUUGUCGCCUGCUUCCCUCUCCCCAAUGGCGUCCUCUCAGAGAUCUGGGACUCCCAAGCCAUCAACCCCAACUCCAACCAACACGCCCUGCUCAACCCCGCAUCCCAGCGACGCCCUCUCAGUGACCCCCGCCCAACAGGAGCCCGGCAUGGUCCAGAGCCAGACGCAGUCCGCCCUCCUCACGCCGUUCGCGCAGCAGCAGUUGGCCAUAAGCCAACCCCUGCCCGUCAUGGCCCUGUCCACCAUGGGCACGUCCAUCACCACCGGCGCCACCUCGUCUCAGGUCAUGGCCAACCCAGCUGGACUCAAUUUUAUCAACGUCGUCAGCUCGGUCUGCAGUCCUCAGACUUUGAUGAGUGGCUCCAACCCCAUGCUGGGUCCAGGACUUAACUUAAGUGGAAUCUUGCCACAUGGAGGGCUGAUGUCCACCAUGCAGUCUGCACCCCAGACCGGGAGUCCGUUUGGUCUCAACAGCAGUGCGAGUUUGAGACCACUGAACCUUCUACAGAUCCCCCCUGGUCCUCUCUUCUUAAACUCUCUGCCGCAGCAGCAGCUGCCCCAGUUCUCACCACAGCAGAGUCAGUCAGCCACUUCCAGUCCUCAACAGCAGGGGGAGCUGAGUGAUCCAGGGUCAGAUCAGAGUUUAGGAAAUCAGCAAACAGCCGUCAUCAACCUGGGAGUGGGAGGCUUCAUGUCCUCACAAGCAGCAGUGCUGUCCCAGUUGGGCUGUGGGCUGGACGGGUCUGGGUCCCCGCUGCCUUCCCCAAGGCUUCAGCAGCAGCAGCAGCCUCAGAUCAAAUUGCAAUUCUUGCAGCACCAAAUGCCGCAGCAUCAAAUGGUUAUGGGAGCAGCAGCUCCACAGGGGGGAGCGCCGCAACAUACCGCCAGCCAGCCAAGAAGUAAGAGGAAGAGAAGCACGCCACAACCCCUGUCCAAGUCAUGACUGACUUAAACCACACUAAAAGCCCCUUCCUGGUCCGGAAGGACUCCAACGAUCUAUACUGUGCUCUUUGUCUGCUUUCAGUAUGAAGACAGCAGAUGAAAGAAAAUAUAAAUAGUUCUGUCUUUUUCUAGACAAAUAUUUGUACAUAAUGCUUCUCAGAGGUUUUUCUUUUUCUUUUUUUUGGAAAACAAAAAACUGCAUCCGCUGCAGUCCUUAAAUCCCAAAACGAGAGCCCUGAAUCCCCAGGAAGCUGGUGAUAUUUUUAAAGACGACCGUUCUCUUAAGCAGCGGGCUUCCACAGACAUGAGUUUCCCCUUCAGAAAGGACUUUUCUCUGCGGCGGUCUUGCAGACUGAGAGGAUCAAGAGGCAGCCCCCCACCCCCACCCCGCCUUUGCUUGGUAGAAACUGCCCUUUAAGCACAGAUCUCAGCUGAACGUGAGACCACAUCCAACAUGUAACCGUGACGAGCAAAAAUGCUAAUCUGAUCUUGGAGUAGUGCCUGGGGGCAGCUCUCUACCUCUGUCUGUCGGAAGUCUUGGUUCUGUUGGCGGUUCCGGCACAGGGCUCGCCGGAGGACUCGAGAUCAGUAUGCAAGACGGCAACGCUGGUUUUUGUACAACAUAUUUUUAAAUGACUUCAGGAGCCAUGAGCAUAUUCUUACAAGACAUCAGCUGAGCGUGUGUGAGAGAGGUUUCUGAAUAUUGAGAAAUAAUUUUUUAAGCAGUCUUUGUCAGCAGUUUUAUUGUUAUUAAAAAAAAAAGAACAUAUAUAUUGACAGUGAAAAUACAGCUUUUAGAUAAAA